CUUCAGGUGCAUACAGUGGAGGACUUCAUUGCAAAGCUGUCAUGCCAUGGUGAUACAAGCAUGAAAGUUGUCUCCAUAUUUGGUAACACAGGUGAUGGAAAAUCACACACCCUUAACCAUGUCUUCUUCUGUGGCAAAGAAGUAUUUGGAACUUCACCAUCGCAGCUUUCCUGCACAGUGGGUGUUUGGGCUGCUUAUGAUGAGGGUGAUCGGGUAAUUGUCUUGGAUACAGAAGGGCUAUUGGGUAUGUCUGGAAAUCACAACCAACGCACAAGGCUCUUACUGAAGGUCCUUGCGAUAUCUGACAUUGUCAUCUAUAGGACAAGAGCUGAAAGGCUCCACACAGACAUGUUUACUUUCUUGGGGGAUGCAUCAGAUGCGUAUCUAAAACAUUUUACCAAGGAGCUGAAAGAUGCAACAGAACGAUGCCAUAUGGAUGUGCCUCUAUGUAGUCUUGGUCCAGCUGUGAUUAUCUUUCAUGAGACACAGCACACUCAUUUACUAGGAGUGUUACAGAAUGAAAGUAAUCCAUCAGGUUUGGAAAAAUUUUGCAAUUUGUUGAUAAAUUACACUGUAAUUCCUCUUACUAAUAAAUACUUGGGCAUUUAUUUAAAAUUUUGGCCUAAGGGAGGGGUGCUUGAUGGAAGUAGGGCUCUUGACAAAGAGGGGCGAGGGGUGUUUACUACUCUCUUGAACAGACUCUGCUUCAUGUGUAGCAGAAGCUAAAAAGUUAUUAGAUAAAGUGACAGUAGAAACAGGCUUUCCUGCCAUUUUAAGAAAAUGAGGGAGAAGGGGCAAUAAUUUGAGAGGGGGGCUUGUUUGAUAUUAUGGCCCAGGGAGUAGGCACUAAUAGAUAUUUCUAGGGGAGGAAACCUAUUAGAGGGUGGGUGCCUAUUUGAAGAUAUAGGUACAGUAUGUUACUUGGUUUUAAAAUCUGAAGUAUUCUGAAGGCCGAAAUGUAAAUUAUGACUUAUUUUCUAUUCUACCACUUUAAAAGUCUUGUUAUAAUUUUCUUACUGAAACAGAAAAUCUGAAGAGUCCUGAUGAGAUUUUAAAGGAGAGAUUUGCAAAUAUAGGAAGAAUUCCUCAUGCAUUUAGUUCUAUCAAGUACCUAGGGACAAGAACAGAGACUCCACCAACAAACUUCAGGGGAUUGAAGCAAGCUGUAAAAGAAUGUUUAGUUGACAGCUCUGUGCGCUUGUCACGCUCACCAACUAUCAUUUAUAAAGCUUUGAUGGUAAUUAUUCUAACUUUGUUGAAAACUUUGACACCUAAGAGUGACUUUAGGCAUCCUACUUCCCCACAGAAUAUCACCCCUGAAUCACUUAAUGUUCAAGCUCACCUAAAUCCAAGAUGGUGUCUAGUUAUCAAUCAAGAUGCAUGUGCUGCGUUUUGGAAACAAACGUAACGAGGAAGUUUGCUGUGGAUUUAUCUUUGCAAAUCUUUUUAAUUCACUAUAUCUCUAGGUAAGGUUAUGAUGAAACAUUCUAGUCGCCAAUUUGGCGACUAAUUUUCAGGAUUUGAUUGCCAAAGUGAAAAAUUAAUUUUAGUUGCAUUGGUGCCUGUAUUAGGCGCAAUUUCACGUCCUGCUCCUUGUACCCUUCCUCUGAAAUCUGUACAGGAACAAAUUAUGAGAGGGGGGGUUUAUUAAAUUAUCAUUAUGAUAAUAAAUUAAAUUUAUGAUGAUCAUUGUGUUACUAAUUUUUUUCAUUCAAGUUUCUUUGCUUUCCUUUUCAUUAGCUCCUGAAUGAGAAGUUCAGUGGGGACAUUGAGAGAACAAUACCAAACACUUUUCCUGAUGAAUAUUUCACUUGCCAGGCAUCAUGCCUCUCAUGCAAGUAAGCACAAAUUUUAUGGCUAUGAUCAUGUAGGCUAACUGUCCAGCCGAGGGUGGUCCUGCUAUCUGUGACAGUAAGCGACAAAAUCACCUGAAAGAAAGUCAUCACCCAAGUCAAUUGAAAAGUUCUUUGUGUGUUUAUUGUUGUAUUCCUUAAUCAUCAAGAGUUACAGGCAUCUGAUUUGUCCUAAUGGUACCACAGCUGAGUUGACAUUAAGAUCAUGAGAAUAAAGGAACAUGAUCGUCAACUAAAGAUUGAAGCUAUUGAUCAUUUUAACAAAUUCUUCUUCUAUGCAGAAUAUAAAAUCAUAUUAAUAUUAGAAUGUGAAGGGUUAAGUUGACUUUUUUGCAAGUCAUAUGUCUUGAGCUUUGAAUUUAUUGUUUUCUGGAAAUGUGUUCUUCAAUCAUUUGGCUUAUUAUUAACUUUAUGAAAGUUUUGUACUUACAAGGUUUCUCGGUGCUUUCUAACAUGAUUUUCCUUUUAAACUAUGGAUAAAAUUUUUAUUUGUUUUUCAUACUUGUAGAGCACGAUGUCAAAAGAGCAUGAAUCAUGAGAACGAUGAAUCAUCAGCACACCACAGUGAUGUCAGAUGUCAAUAUCAAGCCCAGUUUGACAACAGGAUUUUUACUUGUAGGGUGAGCUGUAAAACAUAUCUAUGCAUAUUUUUCCAUCUCGACGGACUCUUGGAGUUCUUGCCGUAAACUUUCUUCACCUAAUUUAUCCCUUUAACUCCCAUGAGUGUCAGAAUUUCAUCUUACAAUAUCAACACAGAAUCAAGUAGACAAGUGAUGAGAAUAAGGAAAAAUGUCAUCAAGGAGAUUAUUAGUUGAUCCAAGACCAAAUUGUUCAACUAUUGUAACAAUCAUCAUAAGAAUUACAUGGCAGACACCAAGAGGAAUUGCUAAAUGGAGAUCUUGGGAGUGAAAGGGUUACUGUAUUGCAUACAGUUACAGUUAUUGAUUUCUAGUUUCAAUGGUUAUAGUGUGCUAGCUUGUCAACCUUGCCAAUACUGUAAGCUAUAAUUUAAUGAGCUUAAAUUACUCUCUGCCUUUGUUGUCACACUUACUUGUGGUAUUCCUGUAAAUGAUUUGUUGGAUAUAAACAACAUACACUAUAUGUGAUAAUCAUAUGAUUACUUUUUGAUGUUGUUUCAAUAAAGGCCUGUUAUGAGAGGGGAAAACAGAAUUUGGUUGUUCCAAAAAUGUGUUCCUCCAAUGAUUCAUCCUGGCUUGGAUUUGCUAAGUAUGCCUGGUCUGGGUAAGCACUUGCAAUAAAUGAUUCUUCAUAGUGUUUAAAAAGUUUGUUUACCUCUAAAAUCAUUUUCUCUUAUAAUUACGGUGCUUCAAAAUUACACUCAGCAGGGAAUUGAAAAGGAUGGGGCAAAUGAUGUACAGUUUGUGCAUUUAGGAUUAAUCCACACUUUAAUCACAACAAAAAAAUUAUUAUGAUUAUCAUCAUUAUUGCUAUUAUUGUUAUUACACAUUAUUUAUUAUUUCAUAUCAUUUAUUAUUUCAAAAUCAUUUGAUGGACAUGAAGAGAAGUAAGGUCCAAUGCAAAAUUUUUGUAGAAGAGUACAUCAGUGCUUCCUUUCUUCUUUGAUGUUCAAUGUGACUUCAAUUGUUUUUGUCUCACCAACAAUUGCACGUUUAUAUACAAAUACAGACAGUAGCAUGUUUGUAUACAAAUACAAAUGAUGAAAUAAUUGAGAGGUUUGAAUGCAAGCAUGAUCUCUCCCAAGUUUUUAUCUUCUGGCUCCUUCUAUCAUGGACCAAACAAACACUUUUUAAGAUGAGUAAAUUUGUAAAGUUAUCGUCUUCAGUUUGGUUAGAAAAAUUUGGAUUUAUGGCCAUUUGAAGAGUGUAAACAUACAAAACCUCUCUCACCUCAAAUGUACUAAGCUAAGGGUUCAAAUAGCAUUGGUGGCUUUGUUCCAAUUGAUUUCUGCCUUAUUGAAUACCAGAUCUGUGUAUGUAACAAUAACAUGGUUGGUCCGAAACAAACUGAAGCUUAACACAGGAAAAAUCGAGCUACUUGUUCUGAAUGCCAGCCAUUGCCCAUGCCCGUCAUGAGCCUAUGGAUAUGGUGCUAUAGAAAUCCUUAUUAUUUUUAUUAUUAUUAUCAUUAUUAUUAUUAUUGUUAUUAUUUGUAAUUAACAAUUAUUCACAAAAGUGGAAGUGAUUAGAGGUGGAUAUUUAUCUCACCACUUUGCAGAUCAGUAAAUCUCCAAUAAUGACACUGAGUAGUGUCGCUGAUGAAUUUUUACUGUAUACUACACAGAUACCAAAAAUCAGUGUAGUCCUCUUAAAUAUACUGAAAAAUAGUUGGAAAUUAAACCCUUAUAUGCAACUUGGUCUCUUUCUCUGCUUGGAGGUAAAUAUUACUUGCUAUUCACUUUCAAACCUGCCAACUGUGCACACACACAAAGCACUUUUCACGUGUGUGGUAUAUAAUUAUAUACUAACAGUUGCUAAUUCAUAUGAUAAUAAUAUACUUAGUUACAGUGGUGUGUUUAUUUAAUAAUAAUUAUCAUCAUUUGUACCAAUACUGAGAUGUUACUGUUCAACUCUAAAACUUGCAAUGUGUAGUUGUCAGGGCCCCCACAAAUUUACAUGUUCAUGUAACUCUGUAUUUAUAGGAAGCCAAACUAGUCUGGCUCUUAUGGAAACGUGUACCAGCAUUCAAUUUCUCAAGUCAGCAGAUUUACAAGUCUUAUACCUUUUGACCCCUAAGACUAACUAGCAGCUAAUUCUUCAAGGUCAUGCAAAGAAACAGGAUGACUCCUAAUAAGAGAGCUCUUGUAAAACAAAUUCUCCUUGCCAGGACUGUUUAAUUUACAGAGAAAAGCAUGAAUAAUAUGCAUACUGAUGUUAGGGUGUAGAGGGUUAAAUUAGUUUUCACUGUAAUCUCAGACUGACUAAAUCUGUUAUUGGCAGGUAUGUUCUGGAGUGCCCAGGAUGUGGUGUAAUCUAUCGUAGCCGUCAGUACUGGUUUGGAAAUGAAGACCCAGUUAAGACUGUGGUCCGGACUGAGCUUCGCCAUGCAUGGCCUGGGGUGAGGUUUAAAGCUUGACUACUGACAAUAAAUCCAGCCACUUUUUUCCCAAUAAUUCAUGAAAAUCUGUGACAUUGCUUAAAGAAACAGUUCUUUUGUGUUUGAGUAAUAUACCACACUUUCUAUCGGUUUACCAUCAUAAUAACCAUGCAGUAUGUUGGGAGAACACAUGAAAAAUUUGUAAAUCACAAACCGAAGGCAAGUGAUUUAUAAACUAUUCUAGUGUUCACAACAUCUCAAGAGGGUUAUUAAGGCAGUAAAGCAAUAAAAAGUGUGGUCUAUUCCUUCUAAAAACAAAACACAGUUCAAUUUUCUAUGAGUUUUAACUGGAAAAGUGCAAUAAAUGAAAGGUUUUUGAUCAAAAAGUUCUGGUUAUUUCAUAAAGAAAAUAUUCUUUUGCACCUUUUAUUGUAACACACUUUUUGUAUUCAGCAAGUAUUUGCAAAGCUGGAUGGUGGCCAUGCAGCCAGACGGUUUUUGGAUCAUAUCAGCUAUGUCACUGAUGCAGUUAGCAGUCUUGGUACUCCAUCCAGUCAGGCAGUGACCAACUGGAUCACAGACAAAAUAGCUCCAGAUUAUUGGGUGCCAAAUUCUGAAAUAACAGUAAGUUAAAAAAAAAUUGGCUCAGUUUGCAGUUAACUGCCUCUACACUGCAGUCAUACACGAUGAAGUCAAGGGCUCAAAAUGACAGCUUAAGAAACCUGUUACAGUGGCUAAUUUACAUUAUCAACUCAGUUGAUAAAACCAAAUUAUUACGUAAUACCUCUCCAUUGACUCAGUGCUACAGCUUCAUGUAUUAGAAACUUACCUCCUCUAUUCAUGCGUGCAAAGCCUCUCAGUUGGCAGUAUCACAGCAGAUUAAAUGUCACUGUCUGCACUGUGCUGAAAAUGUAGGAUAGUAUUAACUGCAGUUUCUUGUAAGCCUAUUGAUUUUUUUAGUGAGAGUAGUUUUUCUCAACUGUGCUUUGUACUUGUAGACUCCAAAUAAUUCUUGUUUUUUAAUCAACCAAAACCAGGAAAUAUUAAUUAGCAACUAUUAAAAUUUAAUAGUUUCAAGCUUGCAUCAUUUUUACCAAAUUUUGGUUGAACAAAUUUAAAAGUCAAAUUAGUCAAAAAAUGUCUUAACUUCUUCUUCUGUCUUAUCUCUUAUCUUCUAGGCUUGUCAGGUAUGCCGUCAAAUAUUCAGCGAUGGAAAGACUAAGCACCACUGUCGCGCCUGUGGAGGUGGGGUCUGUGAUGCAUGUUCAACCAAUAAGAAACCUGUACCAGAACGAGGCUGGGGUGAGGAACCAGUGAGAGUGUGUGACCAUUGUUUUGGAAAAACGUUAACCGUGGAGGCUCAGCCUCAACCCACAUGUGACUUAAGGUAAGGUUGUCAUUUGCAAUGAAUUAACAGUAAGACACUCAUCCAGAACUUAAACUCCCAGAAGUGAUUAACAUGUGACUUCUCUCUGUGAUAUCCAUACAUUAUCAAGCAAACAGGUAAUGAGAGUACUCAAACUUGUCAGCCAGAUGUUUUUAUCUUGAUCUACCACCAAACUCUUGUAAUUAAUUUAGAGAGAAAUGUGUAGCAGCUAGAGGGGAGAAUUAACAAUUAGAUCGUGAGUUAAAGGGUUGAGCUUGGUUGUGAUUUCUCUUCAAUAUUAAAUACAUACUUUGUGCUCUUUUAAACAGUGAUUUAUCGGAUGCUCUAGAAGAGGAGACUCCUCAAGAAAUUGUGCGCCCUGAAGAUGACCACAGUCUGUAUUCUGAAAACCCUUUUGGACCAGUAGCUGCCCGAAAAGUAACAGAGGUUGUUCAGUCCGCUGUGGGUGUUUUAAAAACAGCCAUUGUUUACCCUAAGGGGUUCAUCACUGAUGCAGCAAGGCCAGGAUACUGGGUACCAGACUCUCAAAUUUUAGUCUGUAACUGUUGCCAAACCGAAUUCAAGGGAAGUGAUACCAAACAUCAUUGCCGAGCCUGUGGUAUGGGUGUCUGUAGCAACUGUUCAGAAAGUAGGAGACCUGUGGCUUCAAGAGGUUGGGAUCACCCAGUCAGAGUUUGUGACCAGUGUGCUGCUAAAAAAGGACAGCUUUAG